AGGGGAAACCAGCAACCAUUAUACCAUUCUAUAAAGAUAGUAUGCCGGAGACGGCGGCCGACUCAUCCAGUGAUGAGCAUGACUGGCACGAUGAGAAGGAAGAUAUGCUGAUGAUGGUGAUGGUGGUGUUGCUCAUGCUGCUCUCUGUCGUAAUCUGGGUGGCCUUCUGUGUGGCCGUCCGAAAAACGGCGCGUAAAUUCAUUGAACUGAAAAGGCAAAGACGAAGACAGGCACUUUUAACAGCAGCAAUCAACCGAGCAGCUUCGACAAAUGAAGCGGACCGUCAUAAUGUACUUCCGAUAUACAUAACAACAUUGGCACACGAGCUUAAUGUAUUCGGAGCAAGAGAAGAAGAGCUACCAACUUAUGAAGAGGCACUUUCUAUGAGUUGCACGCCUAGUCCGAAUCCAGUUGUUACAACUUCGAAUCGAGAUCGCGUGCCCCCAUACAAGCCACGGUCUGGAAAGUCGGGCGGCCGAGUGCUCAGAAUCGCUCCGGACCGUCCUGGUUCAAUUCCAACAAUAGUUCUACCGCCAAGCUACGAGAGCUCUGUCCGUCAUGAAGCAAUGCUUUCGCCGAGAAUACAUUCAUCGCCGGUUCCCACCUCAUCGAACGCCACCGCACCGAGCACAUCCACUUCUCCGCCUAUCUACACCAUCUCUGGAAACAUGCACGUCACUGAAUGCUAGUUGUGUGUUUUUGUUCUCUCACUGUUUAUUUUGAAUAUCUUUCUGAUUAGUUCUUUCUUUCUGCACACCAGCACUUUCUCUCACAUUUCAUCAACUCGAUUACGGUUAUUUCAAUCUUGAGACUUUUCAAUGCUCAUUCGAAUUGUUUCAGAGAGAGAGUCUUCAUACGGUUUUGAACAUAGAAACCGUUUUGUAAAUUUCUCUACUUAAAUGUCAUGAUUCGUGUUAUCUACCUAUAACUCGGUAAUAUAAUUAUCUCCUCAAUCCAUGUCUAUCUAUUCUUCAAACUUCUACCCAAUCAUCCCCCAGUCAGCAAAAUCGUACGGUUAAUCCAUUUCGCACCAAAAAAUUGGUACAGAAACUGAAAACGGUCAUCUAUGCAUUGAUUCUACUAAAGUAUGGUUUCGGUUUUCACGCUCGUGUACAUGUUUGUAUUUUUGCCAUUUGUCAUGUCUGUAUAGAAUAAACUGAUUUGCAUAA